AUAUAACUAAACUGAAAAUAUCGAAGAUACUCUAUUAAUAUAAACAGAAUCGAUUUCAUAAAUGAUUUAAUAUAACCAAGAAAAAAAUACAUAAUCAAUACAAUGUAUCGACAAUAUUAACUAAACAGAAAAAAAGACUGUAAAAAUAAUAAAAUAAAAACUAAAUUUGUCAGAUUUUCCUAAAAACUCCUUAUUUUAAAUUAGCUUUUCAACUUUAAUUUAAUCCUCCUAAAAUUUUUGGGGUCUCCGUAAUAUCUCAAUAGAAUGCCUUUCUAAAAAUUUAAUAUAAUGUCCAGAUAAUUCAUAUUAUACACAAAAAGAAGACGGUGAAUACUAUUGUAAAUGUCUAUACGGAUACUAAAAUCCUCCUCAAAACCCCUAUAUAUGUGAAGCUAUUACCUGUAAUACUUCCUGUACUAUAUGUGAUUAUGGUGUAUGUGUAUUUUGUAAGUAUCCUAAAAAAUUAACAUCCGAUUUAAAAGGAUGUGAAUGUCCUAAAAAUUCUUUAAAUUCAGAAACUUGUCAAAAACCCAUAAAUUCAUUUUUAAAUGAACAAACAUUUGCAUAUGAAUGUCCUUAGUCUUUAAACCAAAAUUUUAUAUGCACAUGUCUGUAAUAAUCUAAACUUUCUAAUAAUGGGAAAUAUUGUGAAUGUUAGUCAGGUUGGAUUAAAAAUAAGGACUGUGUAUGUGAAUUUAAUGAGAAUAAAAUCAAGUUUGUUUGUAGUAAAGUUCCUAUAUGUGAUAGAAGUUGUAUGAAGUGUGCCUAUUUCUCAGAUAAUUGUUUAAAUUGUAAACCUAACUCGGAAUUAGAUUACAAUUAAAAAACUUGUAAAUGUAAACAAGGGUUUAUUUUUAAUAUAAUUAGUGGAUUUUGUGAAAGUUAAUGA